UAUUUUCCAUUCGGCGGAGGGGGGCCGGGGAGGGGGCUCCGCUGAAUCGCUCCGUCCGCGCCGAGCGGCAGGCGGCGGGCCCGGGCGGGGCGGCGGAGGAUGCUGCGGCCGUUGGGGCCGCCGGGACGGCGCUGAGGCGUCGCUGUCCCCGCCGCCGCGCAGCGAUAACGUAAUCCAUGGAUAAAGUGGGAAAGAUGUGGAACAAUUUCAAAUACAGGUGCCAGAAUCUCUUCAGUCAUGAGGGUGGAAGCCAAAAUGAAAACGUAGUUGUGAACUCCAGUAGUUGCUCAUCUGCUAAAGAGAAAGCUAUCCAGAUAACUGAUUUGGCUCAACAACAACCCAGCAGCCCUUUGAGAGAAAACAUAGCUUUGCAAUUAGGUUUAAGUCCUUCAAAGAAUUCGGCAAGGCAGAACCAAAACUGUGUCACAGAAAUUCCUCAGAUUGUUGAAAUAAGCAUUGAGAAAGAAAAUGACUCGUGUGUCACCACGGGAGCUAGACUUGCUCGAAGGGACUCUUAUUCUCGGCAUGCUCCUUGGGGUGGGAAGAAGAAGCAUUCCUGCUCUACCAAAACCCAGAGCUCCUUGGAUACUGAAAAACGAUUUGGUAGAACACGAAGUGGUUUGCAGAGGAGGGAGAGGAGGUAUGGGGUGAGCUCCGUCCAUGAUAUGGAUGCCAUAUCAAACAGGACAGUAGGCAGCCGUUCUCUGCGACAGCGUCUGCAAGAUACCGUUGGGCUGUGUUUUCCCAUGCGGACUUACAGCAAACAGUCCAAACCUCUGUUUUCUAACAAAAGAAAGAUCCAUCUCUCUGAACUAAUGCUUGAGAAAUGCCCUUUUCCUGCAGGCUCAGAUCUGGCUCAAAAGUGGCAUCUGAUUAAACAACACACGGCGCCUGUGAGUCCUCAUUCAACAUUUUUUGACACAUUUGAUCCUUCCUUGGUCUCCACAGAAGACGAAGAAGACAGGCUCAGAGAGCGACGUAGACUUAGUAUUGAAGAAGGGGUUGAUCCCCCUCCCAAUGCCCAAAUACAUACGUUUGAAGCUACAGCACAGGUAAAUCCAUUGUAUAAACUGGGACCAAAGUUAGCCCCUGGUAUGACUGAGCUGGCCGGGGACAAAAACAUAACACCUCCAGGGAACUGUGACUCUGAAGAGGACACAACAACACUUUGUCUGCAGUCACGCAGGCAGAAGCAGCGUCAGAUGUCUGGAGAGAGCCAUGGCCAUAUCAGCAGGCAGGGGGCUUGGAAAGUGCAUACUCAGAUUGAUUACAUCCAUUGCCUUGUGCCAGACUUACUUCAGAUCACAGGUAACCCGUGUUACUGGGGUGUGAUGGACCGCUAUGAAGCAGAAGCACUUCUGGAGGGUAAACCCGAAGGCACUUUUUUGCUCAGGGAUUCUGCGCAAGAGGACUACCUCUUCUCUGUGAGCUUCCGUCGCUAUAACCGAUCGCUACAUGCACGCAUUGAGCAGUGGAAUCACAACUUUAGUUUCGAUGCCCACGAUCCCUGUGUCUUUCACUCCUCCACUGUUACAGGGCUUCUGGAACACUACAAAGACCCUAGCUCUUGCAUGUUCUUUGAACCGUUACUUACUGUAUCUCUGAACAGGACUUUCCCCUUUAGUCUGCAGUAUAUCUGCCGGGCAGUAAUCUGCAGGUGCACUACGUAUGAUGGAAUUGAUGACCUUCCUCUACCCUCAAUGUUACAAGACUUUCUAAAGGAGUAUCACUAUAAACAAAAAGUCAGGGUGCGAUGGCUGGAGCGGGAACCUAUAAAAACAAAGUAAACGGAAAUCAGAAUAAGCUUCUAGAAUACGCUUUUUUGUGUGUGUGUUACGGUUUAACUGCAGCGAGCGCACCAACAACAUCUGGCUUUUCUGCAAUAUCCUAUUUAAGCUGAGUGUUAGUAUCCUGUCAGAUGCUGCCUGCUGUUAAUCCAACUAAGUUGUGAUGCCUCUUGGAAACAAUAAGCAGACACAAUUCUGCACGUUUUUCAUUAAGGCCUAAUGAAAAUAUUUUUGCUAAUUUCUAAAUAUUUUGUUUCCCUUUUAUAGCUGUAGUAAUUGGAUGAAGAAACUAUGAGGCAUUUUCCAUGGGGCAUUCAUGUAAUGCUAAUAAAGAAAGGCUUUAUUAGAGGAGCAUUUUUGCUAAUAACUGAAGUAUUUUUUUAAAAUUAUCUUCUUUAAAACUUUCCACUACUCAAAGUACUAAUUUAGCUCACAAACAAGUUUCCAAAUACUAGUGAAUGAGAGUAUUUUGUUUUAAUGAAGAGCAGUUCAUUAGCAGCAGUCCAUUAAGAGGUAAUGGAGCUUUGAUGCUAACAGAUGAAUCAAGCUUUUCUCAGUGUAUAAGGUUUCUUAAUCAUUAAGACUUGAAUAUGCCUGCUCAGUACUGUAAUUCUGUUUUAAACACUUGGAGAUUUAAGUGGCAUUGUUAGCAAAAGUAAUACUGUCCUGGACAGUUAAAAUACCUUCCAGUGUGAAUUACUGAUUCAGUGGCAGGACACGGGAUUAGAUUAUUGCCAUGGAACAAAAGGUUGCGCUUUUUUUUUUUCUGAACAGAAUUUGCUGGCCUGACUGCUAGCAACUUACAAUGGAAGGUAAUAGUGAAGAGGAAAAAAUAUGUUUGAUUAUUUAAAGACAUCUGAUAUUUUUGUGGAGAAAAUGACAAGUGACUGAAUUAUUAUAAUCAGAAUACAAAAUCUGACAUAUCUGAAAUAGAUGUCAGGUUUCAAAGGUACUGUUACACUUUAUUUGUAAAUAUCUUUCCAUGUUUUAAAGUAAUAUGCACUGAUUAUAGUUUCAACAGGUUACUUGGAAACAAGAUUCUGAGUUCUGUUUGCUUAUUUAAUCGGAGAUGGAACUUAAAAUAGUUCUGUCUUAGACAUUUUUGCACUAAAAAAUUUAUUGGAAUGCCCUGACCCCUUUUAAUGUUUUGUACCAAUUAGGAGUGCUCCCUAGUUUCUUUACCAGCUGCUACAGUGUGUUAUUACUUCUCUAUGGCAGUGACCUGUGCGAGGUAGGGAACAUUUUGGCUGCAAGUACAAUAAACGUUAUUCUUGUAUGCUACACUAACCCUUCUAUUGAUGUAUUUUUCUGCUUGCUGUGCCUUGUUCUGGCUUUUUGUGCUAAUAAAGUACAGUCCGUUCAGUGUUAUACUUGUAUAUCUGCUCUGUUUUUAUAUAUUCACGUAACUUGUAGCAGUUAACUGAAUUUUUAAUAGGCUUUUCUUAGUACUUAGUAUAGGUGAUGCACAAAUACUGUGCCAUUGAAUAUUGGUUGGUCAGCACAUCAUGUUUCUGGGUUUUGUUACAUGCUUACCAGAAACCUAAGUGUACACCAUUGAGUAAUGUUUCUGUAGUCACGGCAAAGUAAUGGACCUGUCUGCAGGCAUAGAGCAUUUCACAGUUUUUGUAAUGUAAAGGAUAAAUGUUAAGCAAAAAGUAUUCUAAAACAUUAUUGAUCCCCUUUAAUGGUUGCUGAAGGUGUUUCAGCUUGUUACAUAGCUAACUGCUAAGCUUAAUGUUUUGAUACUCCCCACUGAGUAAGGAAUGGCUAUUCCUGUAAAUUGACAGUACAGCAGUGGCAUUUGUUCACUUUUAGACUAUUUUAAUAAAUUAGAUGUACACACAAACUGGCCAAAUGUCCUGUUUUUACCAAAGAAUACUGUCAAUUUAUGAUGGGGUAUUUUUUUUUAGUAAAAAAACUUAGAGUGGAGAGGUGCAAUUUCUGUUCUAUCAAAUAUUUAUCCCAAGCUAUGAUAAACCAAAGUAUUUGACAACUUCAUCUGAACUUAAGUAAUGUAUACAUUUAUGUUGGUAGAGCUUAAAACUUUUACAUCACCAGUGUCAUCAUUUUUUCUUGAACUCACAAUGCACCUGAAGGGGAAUGAUUUAAAUAAUUUUGUAAUGACUGGAACAGCACUAUGUAGAAGCUCAUACUGCAAGGAGUUAAUCUGAAGCACCCAGAAAGCACUUUAAAACAUGUGUUUAUAUGCUUGUGGAAAAAUUGUGAUCCCGUUAUGCAUUCUUUGUAGUAGCUUAUAUUCUUUCAUGUGUUAAAAGACUUCAACUGUUAAAAUGGAACUUUGUUUAGAAUAUGUAAAUACUAAGUUUGUGUAAGUAUGUGUACAAAUGUGCUAAUGGUCACUUAAGUUUUGAACUGUAUGUGUGUCAUUGGAUAUGCAACUCCUGGCUUAAAAUCUGCUCUAAGCAUAAAAAGAGGGAGGGGAAAAAAAAAAAGUCACCAGCAUGAAAUCACACCUAAGUGUACCUUCACUGUGUCAUUCUCACUGUUCCCUCUGUUGGAUCUGAAUUCCAGAUGAGUUUACUUUUAGAUAUUGCUUUCAAUAUUAGUAUCAUACAGUCAACCCGCAACCAAGCUUUGUCCCAGUGUAGGGACCUGUUUUUUGUUUACACAUGUUGCAGUUGCUUGUCAUAAACUAGCCCAUGAGAUUCUAAUUGUGACAUUAUCCAUGUGUUCAGGAAUACACAUUCAUUUAAUUUUUUUAUCAUGUGGUGGAAUCUUAAAAAAUAAAAACCCCAAACCCUUAUCUCAGAAGGUUUGCUCUUGCAUUUGUGUAAAUAAUCUUUAUGGAGAGGAUUUAUUGCUCCCUUAAAGCACUCCAAAAAAAAAAAAAAAAAAAAAAAAAAGAUUAUUUCUCUAAAACUUUUUAAAGCCUUGCUUCACUGAAAUAUACAGAAUAACUUGGUAGUGUGGUUUUUAUCACUUUUUAAAUUACAGACUUGAGUGUUGGCCACUCAAGUUGCAGUGUAUUUCCUCAUGAAUACAUUUUUCAGUUCUAAAGGCACUAAAAUGUUAGUAUGUUGAAAAUGCAGUUGAUUCCUCAUUUCUGUUUGAGGAGUAUGCGAGUAUGCUUUAACUUUUAACCUGGUUUUGUUUAGAAAAACCUUUACACAUGUAGUCUUCAAAAGUUGUGCACAAACCACUGAUUUUUAUCUUUGUUUAACAACAAGAUUCGAUGUAGUAAGGUAUGCUAACAGGAUUCCAAUCUAAUUUGGUUACACAGCAGAUAAGUAUUUGAGCCUGUCUUGCAAAGUGUUCUUUCGAGGUGAUUCUCAUUUCUGCAGAAAGGGCUAUAGAAAGGGCUUACUCGGUAGGAGUAUUUUGCAAGAAAUCUUACCAAGAAAGUCAGCAUCAGCUCCAGUUUACAAAGAUAUGGAAAUAAAAGUAAUUUCCAUAGAACGUGUUAUCUAAUGUUGGAAAAUUAUUGUGUAAAUAAAACAAUGUAAUUAAUGCAUUAACAUACAGCACAUAGCGGUUUUUUACUCUUAACUUGAUCAUUGUAGAACAGAAUUGGAUUUAAUGCCCUAAUUUUUUUAAUUCCAAAACUUUUUAGUAAUCUAUUUUAUGUCCCCAUGGAAUUGGAGAGAAAUAACUGUACUAUAUUUUGACUAUAUAUGAGGGUCUGCGGGUUGGGUUUUUUUAUCCGUUUUAAAGGCAUUACUCUUCUGAAAAUACUUUUAAGGACAUAUAGACACUUGUCCAGAUAAUUUACUUGUCAGAAUGAAACUUCCCUUAAAAUAAGUUACAAAGCCAUGUUUUGCAUUUAUGUGUUUUGAAUUUUGUGUGUAUUUGAAGACUUGUUGCUUACAAAACAAUAGUCUUUAAAUCAGGAGCACGUAGUCUUUGGAAGACCUGUCUGUGUAUCCUUAGUGUUUGAUAAGAUGAAUUCAAGCCUUUGCUAGAUGUCAUCCUGGCAGUCAGUCACAUCCUUAAGUCCGUAUUUAACUUCAAGGUUCUGCACUACUUGAAAACAAGCAAAGAUUCUGAGUUUCUGUGAUACGAAACCAGUUUGCUUUAGUCUCCAUGUGCAAGCCAAAAUAUUUGCAGAAUGCUUUAAAGCUUGUCUCUGCUGCAAAGUUGCACAUAAGGCUGAAGCUGUCAAGUCAGAAGUUGCUGAGUACCAGAUGAAUCUGUGGGGAGCAUGGUUCUUUGUUUUUCAAAGCUAUCUUGAAAUACAGUAUUUAAUGGAAAAAUAUGAACUGAAUCUUCUGUGAUUCUUUCUAAAAUAACAAUAUUUGUCUCCUUUUUAAACCGUUCACAUUUAAAAUUAUGAAAGCACUUUUUGAGUCUCGUUUUCCUAAAAUGUUGUUGUGAAAUGUAUGUGCCAAACCUUAGGCUGUAAGAACCUAUGUAGUCCAUAUAUAUAUGUUAAUAAGAUGCCUCCAAGCAUGUGUGUGUUCAUUGUCUUUUUUUGAAGCUACCUGAAGUACACCAAUAUGGUGAGCAUUAAUAUAUUGGAAUUCUAAAAAUUCUCUCUAACUUUGUGCGUGGCAUGCAUUGCAAAUAAAAGGACUAUUUUAUUUGUAUCUUCAGCUUUAUUUAUAUAUUACAGCCAGUUGAUUGGUGUGUGUUUUCCUGCUAUUGCCACACUUGCCUGAGCAGUUGUCUCCUGACUGUGACCAAAGGAGACAUUUUUGUUCGUAGUUGCUUUUUAAAAGGUCUUACAAUAGACAGAAAUCAGUGGAUUUUUAAGUGUUAACUCUUGCAAAGCAUGGUGUAACACUGCUAACUGUUCCCCCUUUUUGCAAUAUUGAUGUACAAAGAAUCAUUUAGCUUGACCAUGGGUUGUCUGCCAAAUGUGGUUGACUUAGUAUGUCUGAAUUUUAAGCUUUUUUUCAUUGUUAAUUGAAAAUUCUACCCAUAAGGGCUUUGAAAAGAAGAAGUCUUGAUGUUUUCACAGCAAGAUGCAUAAAGUGUUGUGCAAUGAGGUGAGAAUCUCUUGAAGGUGCUUCUUAAGAAGUUUCCCCGCUCUCACUAUGUCUUAAAUCAAGACUCUGUAAAAGAAAAAAGCUCACCUCUUGAUGACUUUAACCUUACAAUCAUUUAAAGACUGAAAAUAAAUCUGGUGCUUUCACUUAAUUUGCUUGCAUGUUGCCAUACUGAUUUGCAAGAAUCAUACAAGAAGCAAAUUUUCAAUCUGUUAUUUCAAUGAAGCAUUGCCAUCUCUUCUUUUCAUAAAAUAUUCCAUUUACAAAACUUCUAUUUCAAUAGGAUUUUAACCAUCUUGAAAUCUGUUGUUAUCAAGGUAACUGUCAUGUAUAUGCUUUUCAAUUUGAAUAAAUGUUCACUUUGUAAAUUUGAAGCUACAGCUGUUACCAGCUAAGUUUCUUAGGUACCAACAAAAUGUAUUUAUGAGCUGAAGCUCCUGGUGCUUGACCUUUUUUUUUUUUUUUUUUUUUUUCUCCUGUCUUCAGUAGGAAAAAAAUAACAUAAUUGUGUAAGUGUGAUAUAGCUAAUGUUUCAGAUCUCCUUAUUAAGCACACAGCUACACUGACAAGCAAAAACAUAUCUGAACUUGCUUGUCUGGAGUAAAGCAACCUCUUAUUUCUCAGCAGGAGUUGGCAAACAGGAAGCAGAAUUAGGUUUUGUUCUGUGAGCAGCUGUUCAGUUGAACAUGGGGUGUGUGCUUCCUGUGCGAUAAGGUGUAUUAACUUCUUAGAGCCCUGGGAAUUUUAGUAACUGUUGGAUGAUAGAAAAGUAUUUGGCUGCUUUGUCACUUCUUGCUUUCGUACGUGUAGUUUUGCAAAAGCAUGAAGAGAUGUAUUUAUUAAAAUUGAAUCUAUGUAGUCACGAACUGUAUAAGCACUACUUUGUAAUAUCUUUACAGAGAUAGCAAAUACCUACACGAUUAUAUUUAAACUGUUUGGGGAGAAUGAAUAAUGACACUGUGGGCACAAAUUAAUUCAGAUUGCACUAUAAACUUUCUUACCAGAAGCCUUCAUUCUUACAAGAAACUAUGCGAUCGCUGCACAGAAAAACUGUAGCUUUUGAUGAUGCGCUCUUUGGUAGGUGUCCAAAAAAGCGGCACCCAGACGGUCCCUGGACCUUUUCCUGACAUUCCAGUUGAAGGGGCCCUGGCAGGCCCGCCGGGCACUCGAGGAGCUGGCUGGCAAGUGUGUCGUGCCAAGCGUCACCCGAUGCCAGCACCUUGUAUAACUGCGCUGGUUUAGGUCUCCUUAGCUUAGAUGUUUUUUUAACCCGCUACAGCUUAAAUGUUUCUCCACCCUGCCUAAUUUGUCUUUGUUGUCUGGUUGCCAAACUGUCUUGCAUCUUAAUAUAGUAAGAAAAUAAUGUGAUUUAUGGCUACCCAACCAGUGUAUUAAGUAAUACUCUGUCUUAAUAAAUGGGGUAUAAACUAC